GUUUCCAUAUGUGGAUGUGACUGUUGACGCAUAUAUAACCGGUAACUAUGCCCAAAAUAAUCAUCAACACGUGAAUUCUGAGAUCUGAAAAUUUUGCACAAGAUGAAGUUGGAGGCUCGUCUGGUUGUCUUGGUUCUCUUGUUGAACACUUUGUCCAUGAAUAGCGCCACGGCGCAGAGCACGCCUUUCCCUGUGAGAGUUGGAGUGGUGCUAGACAUGGACAACUAUGUCGGAAAAAUGGGGUUGAAGUGCAUCACAAUGGCGCUCUCGGAUUUCUACACCAGAAAUGGCCACUACCAGACUCGGCUGCUUCUCAACAAGAGGGACUCCGAGAGAGACAUCGUUGGGGCAGCUGCAGCAGCUCUAGAUCUACUGAAGAAUGUUGAAGUGCAAGCAAUCAUAGGUCCAUUGUCCUCGAUGCAGGCAAAUUUUAUGAUAAAUCUAGGUAAUAAGUCUCAAGUACCGAUCAUAACAUUUUCAGCCUCAAGCCCGUCUCUCUUGUCAAUCCGAAGUCCAUACUUUGUUCGCGCUGCCUUAAGCGACUCUUCCCAAGUAAAGGCCAUAGCUGCAAUAGUUCAAGCCUUUGGAUGGAGAGAAGUUGUGCCUAUCUAUGUGGACAAUGAAUUUGGAGAAGGGAUUAUACCAUAUUUAGCAGAUGCCUUGGAACAGGUAAAUGUGCGCAUACCUUACAGGAGUGCCAUCCCAUCAUCAGCAACAGAUGAUGAGAUUGUUGCAGAGCUUUACAAGCUUAUGACAAUGCAAACUAGAAUUUUCAUUGUCCACAUGCUGACUGGUCUUGGUUCUCGCCUAUUCACCAAAGCUAAACUACUGGGAAUGAUGAGCGAAGAUUACUCGUGGAUCAUCACUGAUGGCAUGACAAACGAGUUAAAUUCAAUUGAUCGUUCAGUUAUGGAAGAAGAUAUGCAAGGAGUUAUAGGUGUAAAACCUCAUAUUCCGAAAUCGGAAGAGCUUGACAACUUCACAGUCGAAUACAAGAAAGUGCUUCACCAGCAAAACCCAACAAAUCAUGACCUGGAUUUGAACAUCUUUGGACUCUGGGCUUAUGACUCUGCAGUAGCAUUAGCAAUGGCAGCAGAAAAGGCAAGAAUAAGAAAUGCUACAUUUCUGAAGAAGGCAAAUGGCUCUACAACAUCAACAGAUCUUGAAGGCUUUGGAGUCUCGGGCGUUGGAACUGAUCUCAUUCAGGCGUUGUCAAGUACCACUUUCAGAGGCCUUGCUGGAGACUUUAAACUAGUUGACGGACAACUCCAAUCACCUCCUUACCAGAUAGUCAAUGUGAUUGGUGCAGGACCUCGAGUUGUAGGAUAUUGGACAAAAGAUAAUGGAAUUGUUAGAGAGCUCAACUUUGCAAAAUCUACCACAAAUGCAUACUCAACAUCCAAGUCCAACAUCGGAUCAAUAAUAUGGCCAGGUGAUGGGAAAGUUGCACCCAAGGGUUGGGUCAUUCCGACCAAUGGGAAGAAGUUGAGAAUAGGAGUACCUGUAAGAUAUGGUUUCUCUGAGUUCAUGCAUGUCACUUGGAACUCCAACAAUUCUACAAAAGUGGAAGGUUACUGCAAGGAAGUUUUUGAUAUGGUAGUCGAAGCACUACCAUAUGGUGUGCAGUAUGAGUAUGUUCCUUUUGCCAGAUCAGAUCACAAGCAAGCCGGCAGUUAUGAUGAGUUGGUAUAUGCAGUACACCAAGGAGAUUUUGAUGCUGCAGUAGGAGAUGUAACUAUCGUAGCAAAUAGGUCAAAGUAUGUCGACUUCACCUUGCCUUAUACAGAGUCUGGUGUUUCAAUGGUUGUAGCAAUAAAAAGCGACAAGAGCAAAAAAGCAUGGGUAUUUUUAAAGCCACUAACAUGGGAACUUUGGUUGACAAGCUUUUGCUCAUUCGUUUUCAUGGGCUUCCUUGUAUGGAUUCUUGAACAUCGGAUUAAUGAAGAUUUCAGGGGGCCUCUUUGGCAUCAAGUAGGCAUGAUAUUCUGGUUUGCCUUCUCAACAAUGGUGUUCGCUCACAAGGAGAGAGUGAUAAGCAACUUGUCUAGGUUUCUGCUGAUUAUAUGGUUCUUGGUGGUUCUUAUACUAACGCAAAGCUACACAGCUAGUCUUACUUCCAUGUUGACAGUCCAAGAGCUGCGACCCACCAUCUCAGAUGUCAAUGAGCUUAUAAGAAACAAAGAAAAUGUUGGCUACCAUAGUGCAUCAUUUGUUUUUGAACUUUUACAGGGUAUGAACUUUGAUAAAUCCAAACUUUUGGCAUAUAGCUCCCCCGAGGAAUUAGAUCAACUUUUCAGAAAAGGGAGUGCAAAUGGUGGUAUAGCUGCUGCGUUUGAUGAGAUACCAUAUAUAAAGCUUUUCCUCGCCAAAUACUGUUCAAAAUACGCCAUGGUUGGCCCAACGUACAAGACAGAUGGUUUUGGCUUUGUGUUUCCUAUAGGAUCUCCACUAGUACCUGAUAUUUCACGGGCGAUCUUAAAUGUUACCGAGGGAAAGAAGAUGAUGGAGAUUGAGAAGAAAUGGUUUGAAAACAAUACCAAAUGUGCAGACUCUAGUGAUGUUUCCUCAUCAGGCAGUCUUGGGCUAGAAAGUUUCUGGAGGCUCUUCAUGAUUGUAGGAAUAGCUGGAGCCUUAGCCUUGCUAAUCUAUGUGAUAAGGUUCCUAUACGAGAAUUGGGAAGUUGUGCGUCGCUCUGAUGCAGAGGCGACACUAGGAAGCAAAUCACUAGAGUUAUUCCAAAGGUUCAACAACAAGGACCUCACUUGCCACACUUUCAAGAACUCCGAACGAAGAGAGAAUCACAGUGGUUGCGGAUGUGAUUGUGUGAGAAGAGUGACGGAACCUACCAACGUGUAUUUCCAUCCAAGCCCAUCAACCUUCUCGCAGAACUCACCAGACAAUAAUGGCCCACCAAGUCCUGUUUCCUCAAGUCCUGAAGCGCAAGUGCACAGCAUAGAAUUGCGAGUCCAGCAGGAUGCAUCACUGAUAAGGCAUGAAGGAGAAGAGUCUAAGGUGAUACAACAAGAAGUCGAGCUAGUUCAUCGUUUCCAAAACCAGCAAUUAGCAUCAACAUGAUGCAGGAAACUCACUAAGGCAGUUGGCUCCUAGAAAUGGCAUUCAUUCUAAGCACAAGGGCGAUCAUAAAGUCAAGAAUUUGCACCGGUUCAGUUAUUGGAGAAUGCUCUUAUCACGGCGGCAGGCGGCUCCUCAUUGUGAGGGAUGCGAAGUCCUAGACGAAUGAACAUUUUUAAGGAUAUAUAUGACAUAUUUGUAUAUAUAUUUAUGCUACUCUGUAGGCGACAGAGGAUCUCAAAUAACAGAAUCGAGAAUUGACUCGUAACUAAAUUAUUUUUUAUUUUUAUUUUUCGCAUUCGUUUGAGCAUUUCAA